AAACAACAACGACCUUUAAUUCUGCAGUGCGUUUAUUCCAAUAUGUUUAACAGUGCAGUAAAAGAGCGAGUGUGAAGAAAAUCAGGAUUCGAAGGAAAUUAGAAGACCGUUGAACGUUGAAGUUUUGAAAUCUUACGAAAAUGAUCAUCACGAUAUUAUUCUCCUUGUUUCUUUUCGUCAGUUUGCACUACAUUAUUUUGCAUUAUGGAAAAUAUGGAAGAAUAUUAAAUUCGUUACCAGGGCCUCCGAUAUUACCUAUUAUCGGGAAUGUACAUCAUGCCCUAGUUUCAUCAAGUAAUCUUUGGAUCUUUAUGAACAAAAUGAGCGAUCAGUAUUACCCAAUUUUUAAACUUUGGGGUUUCACAGCUGCACUUGUUCAUACUCGUCAUCCAGACGAUUUUCAGAUACUUUUCGGAAAUACGAAAUUUACUCAAAAAGGUUAUAUGUACAAACUUCUGGCGCCUUGGUUUAGUACCGGACUUCUUACCAGUUCAGGACGCAAAUGGCAAAUUCGCAGGAAAAUAUUGACACCUGCAUUUCAUUCCGACAUGCUUAACAAAUUUGUUGACGUAUUUGUAAAGGAAGGAGAAUACUUGGUGAAAUCAUUGAAGAGCGAAGAGGGAGUAGUCGUGAAUGAUUUAUUCCAUACCAUUAGCAAGCAUACCUUGAAUAUGAUCUGCGAAACUGCAAUGGGAAUUUCCCUAAAUGACGAAGAUGAAUUUCAGCACAAAUAUCUUAAAGCCGCGAGUGAUAUGGAAGGAGUCUUCGCGUACAAAACUGCAAGGCCGUGGUUAUUUUAUGAUUUCUUCCUCAAAUUUGACCCUAAAGGACGGAGACAGUCUGAACUACUUAAAACAUUACACGGUUUCACUCGAAAGAUUAUCCAAGAGCGAAAAGAAUAUCACUAUCAGAGCAACGGUUCAACUGAUUUCAACAAGAAUUCAAGUGAUGAUAAUGACAAUGUUGAAAGUAAUGACGUUGGAAUACGUAAAAGGAGACUGGCUUUGCUUGAUAUACUCAUAGAAGCUCAUCGAAAUAAUCAGAUAGAUGAUGAGGGGAUUAGAGAAGAAGUUGAUACAUUUAUGUUUACGGGGCACGACACUACCGCAAUAGCUGUUUGUUACACCAUAAUGCUUCUGGCUGAACAUAAGGAGGCUCAGGAUCGAGUUAGGGCUGAAGUAAAAGCUGUAUUGAAAGAAAAUGAAGGGAAAUUAAAUAUGUCUACUCUGCAAGAUCUUUCGUAUCUUGAGAGAUGCAUUAAGGAAUCACUUCGACUUUAUCCAAGCGUGCCUCGUAUAGGGCGUAAGACAGAAAAGGAGCUAAAAUUAGGUAACUGUAAAUUACCUUCGAGUACUGAAGUUCUCGUGGACAUAUAUAACAUUCACAGAGAUCCACGAUACUGGCCGAACCCGGAUAUCUUUGAUCCCGACAGAUUUUUACCUGAAAAUUCCAAAAGUCGACAUCCUUAUGUUUAUGUACCCUUUGGUGCCGGCUCAAGAAAUUGUAUCGGAAAACGAUUCGCCAUGUUGGAGUUAAAAAUUAUAAUGAGUUUUCUCUUAAAUAAUUACUUCUUUGAAUCCGUGGACUAUCUUAAGGAUAUAUCAUUUCUAACGGGCAUAAUAAUGAAACCAGCACAUAGGAUCCGAACGAAAUUCAUUCCUAUUAAGGAUACAUGUUGAUGUUGGACAUAUGUUGACCUUGUAAACAGCAGUGUUGAUGCUAGUAAUCAUAACAACAAUGUUUGAUUUAUGUUACAAAUAUACCUGAUAUGAUCAGGACAAAGAUGUAUGUACAUAUAUACACUGCUGCUAUUUUUAAAAUGAUAUAACGAGUCAUAUGUAAAUUCAUACUUACUUUG